UUCCAUCAUUUUUGGUAUUGCGACUGGAAUUAAACUUUCUAAUGAUGCCGAAAUUAGCGAUUGGUUAUUAGUUGGUCUUAUUGUUACCCAUGCAUGUCCCACCACCGUUUCUUCAAAUGUCGUUAUGACCAAAUUAGCCGAUGGUAAUGAUAUUUUAACAUUGUGUGAAGUGUUCAUCGGUAAUGUCUUGGGGGCAUUUAUAACUCCGGCAUUAUUGCAGAUGUACAUGAGAGGAACAUGGGACUUUGGUAAUCCAAGUCACCAAACUGAUGGAACUCAGUCUAUUCAAUAUUUAUAUGCUCAGACCAUGAAACAAUUGGGAUUGUCAGUGUUUAUCCCAUUAUUUGUUGGUCAAGUUGUUCAAAACAUAUUUACAAAACAAACCAAAUGGGCCAUGCAAUAUUUCAAAUUAGGUAAAGUUGGAUCUUUUAUGUUAUUAUUAAUUAUGUUUCAAUCCUUCUCGACUGCCUUUUAUCAAAAUGCAUUCAAUGAGGUAUCACACGCAUCCAUUAUAUUCCUCGUGUUUUUCAAUAUUGGAAUUUAUUUGUUCUUCACGGUAUUGACAUAUCUUUAUGCUCGUCCUUAUAUUGUUAAACUAUUGUUGAGUACUGAGCCAGAUGAAAAUUCCACCACAGUCUACAAAUAUUGUUACAAGAUUUUCCGCCCAUUUUAUUAUAAUAGAAAAGAUACAGUGGCAAUCAUGCUCUGUGGGCCUGCUAAAACUGCCGCAUUGGGUGUAUCCUUAGUAUCUUCCCAAUAUGGAGCUCACAAUCCUAAAUUAGGUAUCAUCUUAGUGCCUUUGGUUCUAUACCAAGCCGAACAAGUUAUGACUGCAAAUGUGUUAGUUAAUUUCAUGAAGAAAUGGAUUCAUGCUGAAGACACGAAAGCAGAUGACGAAGAGAAUCAAUUGGAACAAAGUGAAGAUCAGGCAAGCCAAGAUACCACUGCAGAAGGAAGCAGCAAUGAAAUAAGACAUGAAAUUAUUUACCAUGGAGAUGUUGACAAGCGUUAAAGGUUUUUUUUUUUGCAUUAGCAUAGAUUUAUACAAUUAUUUAUUCUUAGUACAAAGUAAUUUUAAUAGACUGUGGUUGAAUGUAGUAUUUGUGAAAGGGAAAUUCACUUCUUGCCUUUUGAAACUAAUAAGAUUACUUCAGAACUUUUACUAUAUGAUAUUAUAUAAUUAACUAAAGACAACAUUCAAGGAUUACAUACUCAGUUACAAUUAUCAUCCCAACAAAGCUUUAUCCAUAAAUUUCUUCAGUGUUAUGUAUCCAAAUAUCAAAAUCCAAACUCUCCCAAUUCUUGUUCCAAAUUAUCAAUAGUUUCUUGUAACUCUUUCUUAUUAUUAAUCAAGACAUCCAAUUCAUCAAACCUUCUUGAUUUUGUAUACUCUGUAAUUAGGUUCUCCACUAAAAAUUUCUGUUCAUUCAUCACCAUUAAUUGAUCUCGCAAUUCUCGAAUUUGCUUCUUAGUUAAUCUUGGUGGCUGUGGAGAAUUUUCCUUUUGGAUACGUCUAAGUUCGUUUUGUUCUUGUUCCUUGUGCACCUCACUUAUUUGUUUGUAUUGUACAAUAUUAUCCUGUAAAUAUAUAGCAAUACUUUGAUAGAUAUUAUUAAUUACCUUUUCUAAUUUGAUGUAUUUGGGAUUAACAACCAAUUUAUCAUCUCUAGUUACAAAUAGUUGAUUUCUAAACUGAAUGACUGAAUUUUCAAAAUCUUUUAAAAUAAUCAUUAGUUUAGAACGUAAUUUGUUCUUGUUUAAUUCAUCAGUUCCAUGCACUAAUAGUUCAUAUUUUGGUAAAAGAAAAUCAAUUUGAUUCUUUUGCAAUAGAAUAGUUUCAUAAAUUGAAAAUACUAGAUUCAUUUGUUCAUCAUCGUGAGUUGGUUUUCGUUGACGUUUCCAAUCGUACAAUAAUGCAUCUUUGCAAUUAACACAACAACGGAAUCGUUUAGAAUCAUCUUGCAAUAAGUUUUCGAAAUUAUCCUUGACAUGGGAUGAAUAAUUCAAGUUUGGUAACUUAUCCAAAAGUUUAUUCAAUGGCACAUACAUGGAACAACUCUUUCGAAACCCAUUAGGAUCAUCACAAACUAUACUCCCACAGAGACGGCAAUGAUGUCUUCGAUUUAACAAAUUGAAUUUGACAAAGCAAAUUGAACAAUGGCUGACUUCCAAGUCCACUUGCCAGUCCUCAGCACCGACAAUAUCUCGUUCUGAUUCAAGUUGAUGCUGUUGUUGGAGAUUACUAAAUAUACUCCAUUUCUUUUG